AUGGGUAUUCAGUCGAAAGUAGUGCGGUGUGGCUAUUUAUCUCGUUUCCUAAGCUGCAUUUGCAAUUUAGAUCGCAAAAUCGAAGCUUUUCAUGGCCUCGAUCAUGCUUUCAUAUUUUCCCGAGGUUACAGUAGUAAUUUCGAAAUACGGCCGUUCACCAAGAAGGAUGAGAACAUGGCCAAAAUACUCACGAAUAUGGUGACAAAUUUCGCAAAAACAGGCGAUCCCUCCACAAAGAGGUUGGCGUUUUUAAGGAACUGCGAGUUGCAUAGGAGUGAGGAAGCAUGA